CGCUUUCAAAAUCUGUUGCUGCAAUUUUCUCAUCUCUUCUCACUCGUUAGAUCCCACCGCCUCCGCUGCUCGCCGCCGGCGACCACCGCAGCCUUUUUAGAGCCUCCAGCGAACAGGCGCGUGCGGCAUCUCCCGAGAUGGCGACCAUGGGGAGCCUGAUCGGGUUGGUGAACCGGAUCCAGCGCGCGUGUACCGUCCUCGGCGACCACGGCGGCGGUGCCGGGGGUUCCCUCUGGGAGGCGCUCCCCUCCGUUGCAGUCGUCGGCGGCCAGAGUUCCGGGAAGUCGUCGGUGCUCGAGAGCAUAGUGGGGAGGGACUUCCUGCCUCGUGGAUCUGGUAUUGUGACGAGGAGGCCUCUAGUGCUGCAGCUGCACAAGACGGAUGGCGGGCAAGAGUACGCUGAGUUCCUCCACGCACCGCGGAAGCGGUUCACCGACUUUGCUGCUGUUAGGAAAGAGAUUGCUGAUGAAACUGAUCGCAUAACUGGGAAAACUAAAGCUAUAUCAAAUGUUCCCAUCCAUUUGAGUAUAUAUUCACCAAAUGUUGUUAACUUGACACUUAUUGAUCUUCCUGGACUGACAAAGGUCGCUGUAGAGGGGCAACAGGAAUCUAUUGUCCAAGAUAUUGAAAACAUGGUUCGGUCUUAUGUUGACAAGCCAAAUAGCAUCAUUCUGGCCAUCUCCCCAGCUAACCAAGAUAUAGCAACGUCGGAUGCUAUCAAGCUUGCUAGGGAUGUUGAUCCUUCAGGUGACAGGACUUUUGGAGUCUUAACAAAGCUUGAUUUGAUGGACAAGGGUACCAAUGCUGUUGAUGUACUUGAAGGGAGGCAGUAUCGCUUACAGCACCCCUGGGUGGGAAUUGUCAACCGCUCACAAGCUGAUAUCAACAAGAAUGUUGACAUGCUCGCAGCAAGACGCAAAGAAAAGGAAUACUUUGAGAGUAGUCCUGAUUAUGGUCACUUGGCACAUAAAAUGGGUGCAGAGUAUCUUGCUAAACUUCUGUCGCAGCAUUUAGAGGCUGUGAUCAGAGCAAAAAUUCCAAGUAUUAUAGCCAUGAUUAACAAAACAAUAGAUGAGAUAGAAGCUGAGUUGGAUAGACUUGGUAGACCAAUUGGAGGUGAUGCUGGGGCACAACUGUACACAAUAUUGGAUAUGUGUCGUGCAUUUGACCGUGUUUUUAAAGAGCACUUAGAUGGCGGUCGGCCAGGUGGAGACCGGAUUUAUGGUGUCUUUGACCACCAAUUACCAGCAGCACUGAAAAAGCUUCCAUUUGACAGACAUCUUUCACUGCAAAAUGUUCGGAAAGUUAUUUCAGAGGCUGAUGGUUACCAGCCCCACUUGAUUGCCCCUGAGCAAGGAUACAGGAGGCUUAUAGAUAGUUCUCUAAGCUACUUCAAGGGUCCAGCUGAAGCUUCUGUUGAUGCGGUCCAUUUGGUCUUGAAGGAGCUUGUUCGCAGAUCGAUUGCAGCAACAGAGGAGUUGAAGCGGUUCCCAACACUUCAAACAGAUAUAGCUGCUGCUGCAAAUGAGAGCCUGGAAAGGUUCCGUGAGGAUGGCCGAAAGACUGUUCUUCGUCUAGUUGAGAUGGAAGCCAGCUACCUAACAGUAGAGUUCUUCCGUAAACUUCCUACUGAACCAGAUAAAGGUGCUGAUAAGAACACUCCAGUGAGCGAUAGAUACCAGGACAACCAUCUCAGAAGAAUCGGAUCGAAUGUAUCAUCUUAUAUUAACAUGGUUUGUGAGACGUUAAGGAACACAAUUCCGAAAGCCGUUGUACAUUGUCAAGUGAAAGAGGCAAAAAGAAAUUUGCUUAACCGUUUUUAUGCUCAUGUGGGAAGCAAGGAGAAGAAACAGCUCAGCACGAUGUUGGAUGAGGAUCCUGCUCUGAUGGAGAAGAGGGAUGCCUUGGUCAAGAAGCUAGAGCUGUACAAAUCUGCAAGGAAUGAGAUCGACUCGGUCGCAUGGAAAUGAUCGGCCAGCGACAACCACAGCUGGAACACAUAUAAUGUACAACGCGUGUGAUUGCAGUAGAAUGCUCCUUUCUUUUUUACAUCUGAGUUCGUAUUGGAGGUUGUUGUACACGUUUCAGACGCGAGUUCCCUUCGCUUUGCCAGGCGUUCUUCUUUGGCCAUCUUGGCCUUUCGUAUGGUUAUGGAUGAUCUGGUCUCCAGGGUCACAUUGAUACGAGUACAGAUGUAUUCUUUUGUUGAUUUAGUGCAUUGAUCCAUAUCUCUGAUCA